UCAUUUAAAUUAUUUGUAGAAAGAAAUAUAAAUGAAAAGGAUAAUUUUUAUAGACUGCUGUUCUUUCCGUUAGUGUAUGGUGUGGCAUAUUCAAUUAGUAGCAUAUUUGUAGUAUUAAAGGUUUUCGAAAAUUUUUUUAGACCAUUCGAUAUAUACUGGUCUAUAAAUUUUGCGCAUUGGGCAGUAGAAAGCUCACAUAAUUUUUAUACAAUAUUUAAAAACUCACUUAGAAUAGCAGCAAGUAUUACCAUUGGCGCCAUUGUAUCAUAUAUAUCGUUGUCAAUGGUUGGGAGGUCAGUAUGGCCAAAUUGCUUUAUUUUCUUAGUGUAUACCUUUCUUGCUACUGAUUAUUACUCUCCAAUUGUCCAUCUCAAAUUUGUUCUCGCUUCAUUUAUCUCUAUUGGCACAUGCACUCUUACUUGCAUUAUAUUCAGGAUGAAUUUUGGCUCUGGUUUAUUUAUCAAAACUACAGUUAAUAUUUUCGAUGAAAUUAGGUCAUAUAUUAGGUUAUCACAAAAGCAAAUCAAUUUAAUAAUGCACAUAAAUAACGAUUUUUAUAUAAUACAUAAACAUUAUAAAAACAAACUGGAUUUUCACUACUAUGAAUAUUCAAACCAAUUAAAUCAACUCAAUCUAUAUUUAAAUGAUUCAAGAAAAGAAUGUUUUGGAAUGGAAAAUUUAGUGUACCACUAUGAAAAAAUACAGAUUUUAUUGGAAAGAAAUCAUAAAAAACUAUAUGCUAUCGGCUUUGGUUUAAGACAAGACUGUACAUUGAGUGUAUCAAGCAAAUUACUCCCUAUUUUGCCAUUACUAAAUCAAUUGAUUUCAGAGACUGAAAAUAUAUUCAAUACAAUGGAAAAACAGCUACAAAAGAAAUAUGCUCAUUCCGAUAAUCACACCUACAGAAAAUGGUUUAAAGAACAGCACGAAAAGCAUAUUAACAACCCAGAAGAAUAUGAAAAAGAAUGUGAUAAAAUAGAUCUUCGUGAUAGCAAUAUACCUUUUAAAGUAAAUCAACUAGAGAUAGUAUUAAAUAUCAGCGACAAAUCAAAUUUUAAACCAAACUCUUUGGAGUGGCAACAAAAUGAAAUAAACAAAGCAUUUAACAGAAUUGAAAAAAUUAUUGAAGAAAUGGAACAAACCUUUACAACUAUUUUUUAUGAAAAAACACUAUUCAAUCCACACGAAGACAACUCUUUAUCAAAAAUAUUUUAUUCGAUGGCUGGUUUUAAGUCGUUUUCAUUAGAGCAAAAGUUUUUAUCAAAAGAAGUUUUUUUGGUAUCCUAUCACCUAUCAUUAAAAAGAUUCCGACCAAGAGAAUUUAGGUUUCUUGCAAAUUUUUUUAAAAAUAUAAAACAUUGGUUUUUAAACUUUAAAAAAAAUCGUAGAAUUCAAAGAAAUAGCAUGGAUCAGGAUUUAGCACAUCCAAUUAAUUUAAAUAAAAAGCAAUUGAUAAUUAGCAACUUCAAGGGUUUUGUUAUGAAUAGAAUUUUAUUUAAUUGGUUCUAUUCAUUAAAGUAUUCAUUGGUAAUUGGUAUUUUAUCUGUGGUUAUAUAUGAAAUUCAAAAACAUUCAGACUUUAUACUCUUUGAUAGAUUGGCGUGGCUAUUGGAUACAUUUAUUUUGGUAUGCCAACCUGAUUUAGGUGCUAUUGCUUUUGUUAGCUCUAUGCGUAUCAUUGGCACAAUGAUUGGUGGUUUCAUGGCUUUUGCUUGUGUGGUACUCUGCAAACUGGGUCAAAGUAAUGCUGCAGCUGCAUUUAUAUAUAUUGGUUAUUCCUUUUUUACAAUUACUCUAUGUGCCUUCUUGAUACAAGGUCAACCGUUUGACACAAUGUUACAAAUUAUCAUCUUUACCUAUUCAGUCAUUUCAGUACCUCAGUUUUUCGCAAGACAAGAGGAUAUCAUAUUUGCUCUAUUUAAAAUACUCUAUGUUACACUUGGUGUAAUUUUAGUAUUAAUAGUUGCGAUUAUUGUUCCUUAUUUCGAUUUUAGGCAAUUAGAAAAGAAUUUAUAUCGUAUACCAAAAGCAAUUGUUGAAAUGGUCGAUUUUUUAAUGGAAUAUAGCUUUAAUGAAAAAGAAAUGGUUAAAAUGGAUGAAAAUCAAGAUGAAAGUUUAAUAAAUGCAAAUCCAUUGGAAACAAUUAAUAAUAAUAAUAAUAAUAUUAAUAAUAAUAUUAAUAAUAACAAUAAUAACAAACCAAUUUCAUUUAGAAACUAUAGAAUUUUAAUUGGCAAAAAGUAUAUUAAACUAAGAACCAUAUUUCCAGCUCAAAGAAGAUUAUUAAUAGAUUCAGGUUUUGAAUUAAUAUUUCAAUAUAAAAAAUAUCAGAAAAUUAAUCAUAUUUUAAAGUCAAUUGAAGAACUACAUAAUUUAUUUGGUGCAUUGGAAUUUAUGAUCAUCCAAUCCAAUGAUCAAUCAAAAAUGCGUUCUAUUGGAAGUAGGGUAAAAGACGAAAAUAGAUUAUUAAUGGAUGAUUUGCAACACACAUCAGACUUGCUCUCACAACUGCCACCUGAAAAAGAUAAUAUUGGUUUUACUAAAAGAAUAUCAUCCAAACUACAAUUAUCAGUAACUCAAGAUCAUAGUAUUGAAUUAUGCGACAAAUUAAUUAUCCAUUUAAAUAGAGUUUUAGUUCAAGAUUAUUCAAAACUUUCAGUUUUACAAUUUCACAGAAUCAAUGCAAUUUUAUUCAGUUUGUAUUGUUUUGUUGAUGAAUAUCACAAUGUUUUUAAUAGUCUUGUAUCCUAUAAAAAUAUUAUUGUCAUCAAUAAAUUAAAUAACAAUAAUUAUAGAAACACAAGCAAUGAAAAAGAUCUUAAAGAACAAUUAAAUAUACUAAAUUAA